UCGUGCCGAGGGGCUCGCAAAGGCUUGAGGUGAUGCGUCCGUCGCUUAUCAACUAACCGCCGGUCUGUGUUUCGCACCCGUGCGCCAGCUGCACAUCGAGAGCUGGUGCAGCGCCAAGAGAGCAGGGCUCUUAGACGGCUCAGUACGGCCACCCCGCGGACGCAGCUAUCGCGGCGAAAGCGUCACGCGACAGAUCUGGCAGGCUGCACGAGAUCUAGCGCAUUUUGACGCCGCCGACGCGCGCGGCCAAGCACUGCAAGCCACACCUGCUCAGAGCCCCAUCUGGCCAGACGAGAGCGAUGACAGACACGCCGCCGCCACCCCCCGACACGCCGCCGCCGCUGAUCAUGGGCCGGAGCGGUCUGGUGGAGCUCAAUAUAGGCGGCAAGCCGUACACGACGACGCGCCAGACGCUCGAGAACAGCGGCUUCCUGCGAGCAUUGACGUCCGGAAGUUUCGCCGCGCCGCGCGACGCCCAGGGCCGCAUCUUCGUCGACCGCGACGCCACACAAGCGUUCGACACGAUGCUCACUUUUUUGAGGGGCGCUUUGGGCCGCACGGUUCUAGAUAGGAUGGAUCUGACGACACGAGCAGAAUUAGUGGCCGAGGCCGAAUUUUAUGACGUCCCCGCGCUCAUCGAGGGCGCGGUCUUACCGCCCGUCGGCGCGCUCGUGCGCUACUCGCAGCACACGCCGCCGCACCCGGGCGCGCAGGGCGGCUACGGCGCGCGCCAGGGCAGGCACACUUUGUCGGUCGGGCGUGUUGUUGCUUAUGAGCACGCAACCCGACAGUGGACCAUCGAGGUCGAUAGCGAGGGCGUGAUACAGAUGAAGCAGUCGAUGCCGGCCUCUACUGUUCGACUCGCCGAGCGGCGCUUGGACAGCUUCCGGUGGCCUCGGAGGGAUGUAGAUUGCGCCGCGCGCUUCUUACUGAUGCCGUGGGAGCGCCAGGCCACGUCGGACGGGCGGGCCCUGGCGCCGUUCUCGCGGUUCGACGCCGGGUGGCAGUGGUUGACUUGCUACGGAACGUGGAUCGACGGCGAGGCGGUGGCGCGUGCGCCCGCGAUGGGCGACGCGUUCUGGGAGCGCUCUAUCCCUGCAUCGCCGCCGCUCGACGAGGACGACGAAUUGACGCCCGAGGCGAUCGCUCGGGCGGCGCUCGAGGAUCUCUUGCCCGGGCGGCCUCGCGUAAGCAUCUGAUAAAAAGUCUUCUAAUUAAGGUCGCGCGGCCCCGGGACG